CUAGCUUAAUGACUCAACUCUCUCUCUCUCUCUCUCUUGAUACCCCGGUACUCCGAGUGGCAUGGCGUUUUUUGGGGAGAUUGGGCUUUUUUUUUGUGGUUUUGUUCGUUCUUGGCAAUCAUGGCACGUCUCCAAAAGAUCUUGAUGAAUAUUCCUGGUGAAAUUUUGUUUGUUUUGUCUAGUCUCAUGAAAUCAACCUUUUUUUUUCAUUUUGCCAUUCCACCAAAGCUCAGCACCCGGACUCAGGUGUCUGUCUAUGCUCUCACACUCUCUUCUCUCAGAUUCGUCUGUAACAUUUCCUUUGUCUGGUAUGCGGUCGUGCGUGUGAACAUUUCUUCGCUUGGCUAUAUCUCCUGUUCCUCCUCUUUUUGUUAUCCCAUGUGACCUACAAGCUAUACUUAGAAACAUCGCUCAGUUAUUAUGCAGGUUAGACAGAUACAAAUGGCCCGGUCGAUGCUUCUGGGAUCGAGUGGCAAGUGGAAAGAACUUUUGUGGGUU